AUAUCAUAUUUUGUUUUGUCGUGUUUUAGCUUCGUGUCGCUGCGUGUUGACGACGGAAGAAAAAUUUUCGCAAAGUUUGGUUUUUCAGUUUUUUACAUAUUUUUCGUGCAAAAAGUGAAAAAACGUAUCAUAUUAAAGAAAUAACCGCACAUCAAAUCAUAUACUCAUAAAAAUUUCUUCGUAUGUUAAUCUAAAGUGUAAUGUAAUACCUCAACAUAAAAUACGUACUAAUAUAUCAAGAACUCAAACUAAAACUUGUAUCCGAGUAUCAGCAAGUUUGUUAACUUCGCUUACUGACUGCAUUUAAAAGAUAAUUUAUCUAAGAUUCUACAUAAAACGGAAAAGAAAACAAAAGAAAAUAAAAUUAAACCAUUAAAAGUAUCUGCAGAAUACAGAACACACGUUAAGGCAGGCGUCGCAUUCGGAAUUUUUAUGCUCCACACAUUUGCCACUACCGUUGUGGCGAUUUUCAAUUUUAUUUUAUGAUUUCUUUUUUUCAUAUAUUUUAUACUAUUUUAUUUUUAUUAUUAUCAAACGUCUGCAACUGGAAAUAUUCUCUCUUUUUCGCUUAUUCUUUUAUUUAAAGAAUUCAAGUUUUUUGCCAUUUGAAACCUCAACUCUUUUCGCGUUCUUCUUUUCCCAUCACUCAUCAUCGCAUUAUUUGAAACGUUAGAAUCUUAACAUAUUAUGGAUAACUCAACAACCACAUCAGCGGAUAUAUCGCUACUACAGCAAACAGUCAAUAAAUCUGCAGAUACUACAUCGACUCUUAACAAUAACAACAAUAAUUUUAAUAUAACUACAAUAACAACGGCUACAACUAACGGCACUAAAGAGAAUAACAGUAACACAACAACAACCGCACUACCAACAACUUUAUCUUCAUCAUCAUCAUCAUCAUCAUCAUCA